CGUAGAGGAAGGACUGAGAUCAGUGCCGAUGAGCCAAGAGGAGUUGAACGUCUCAAUGAACAAGGCCAAGGUGCUCACACCAGAAGCAGCAGCGCAAUGGCAGUUCCUUUUAUUAUUAUUUCUUUGCAUGAAUUUCUUAAGCAUGUAAAUUGGUUGACAUGUUAUCUUGUAAAUUAAGGACGAUGGUAAAAGCCACGCAAUUCAAUUUUAAUGUGUAAAAUCGAGAUCGCUGGAAAGAAUGCGUUUGUUUCCAAGCGCCCCGCCCCCCCUUGUGCGGGCCACAGGUGGCGGACCCUGCUCUGCAAGGAUCCUGCGUCGUCCCCGCCCAGUGACGAGCGACGAAACACAAACACAGCUCUGCACCUACAACCGCUCACUGCCGUUCUUCUUUCCAUGGAAUUCUACGACGACGCCGACGACGCCCAGGAGGACGCCAGCGAGUGCCCGGUGUGCUACGAGGGCCUGCGCGGCACGGAGAGGACCCUGAGCUGCGGACAUGUGUUCUGCCACGACUGCCUGGUCAAGAUGCUGCUCAGCAUCCACGCCGACACGCGCGCCCGGGACACCAUCGCCUGUCCCGUGUGCAGGCACCUCACCUUCAUCAGGAAGCGGCAGGAGGAACCGCUCGCCGUGGCGGAGGGCAAGGGGGAGCCCGACGAAGACCACCGGGGACGAGGAGGAGGAGGAGGAGGAGGCGCCGGGGGGCAGACCUUGGAGGUGCCCGCGGGCGCUGGGACGCCGCUCGCCCGGCUCGAGGACGCUCGUCUCUGCGAGCGGCUCCGGCGCUUCUUCUUCUUCAUCUUCUUCUUCUGCGGGGACUCCGAGCCCGAGCGCCUCCGUCGCCAGCGGCUCCUCCGGACGAGUCCCUGCGGCACCACGGAGAUUUUCGUCAUCAGCGCCCGGGGGAGACCCAUGACGGAGGAGGACGCGUUCGGCGUGGUGCUGACCGUGGUGCGGCCGCAGAGGAGGCGCCGGCGCCGGCUGUGCAGCACGGCUCGGUGCCUCGUGGUGCUGCUCUCCACCUUCACCGUGACGGCGCUGGUGGCCGCCGUUUUGCCCUGGAUCCUGUUGGCCUGAUGAUGAGGAUGACGAGGAUGAUGUGGAUCGUGAUUAUUAGAUCCUGCAGCUGGACAACGACAGGCCAAAGAGGAACAACUACAACCUGAGGUGGCAAAAGUAUUACUUACCCUUGACUUGAAAAGAAGUACAGAUACUUUUGACCCCCAAAAUAAACCAAAACAAAAACAACAACAACAAAAAAAAGUCGUACUUUGAAAAUGGAAAUAACGAAUGGCACACAGAUUUAACUUCGGAGUAAAAAAAAAAAAGGAAGUUUUACUGUCAGUUUUGAUCAUUUUGCACAACAACAAAAGUGAUGAAAUAAAUGCAUUACUUUGUAUUUGACAUUUGUAUUUAUUAAGAUAUGCAUCGUUUUUUAUUGACACAUAAAAAAAUAUUUGCACUCAAAAUAGUUUCUCUUCUCUAAAUUAUAUAUCAGGUACAUUUACAUGAAAAAUAGUUAUCGAAGUACAGUAAAGUACGUCUACUAAGUAGGAAUACUUGGUUACUUCCCACCCCUGGUUACUUGUCGUCGGCCACAUCAUUAGUGGCAAGCAAAUAUGUUUUGUAACAUGAAAAAGUGUGUUAUUUUCCAAUGUGACCAAGGGUGAACUUUUUAAUAUGACAGAUAUGUUUGGCAAAAACACGACACGGCUCAUCACACCGAAGUGUAGCGACAGUGAAGCAUGCUGUUGUUUUUCUUUUUCUUCCGUCGGAACCGAGGUGGAGGGAAUUACGAGCGGCUCGAAAUAGCAGUCGGCGUUAGCGCAAAACAUACAGGCUACAGGUAGGAAAAGCCUACUAGAACAUCAGAGCUUUAUUUGGGGCUAAACGGCGACGCGGUGCGUGCUGACUGCCAGUUAACGUGAGUUUGAAUGCGAUCAAUGCGCUGUUAAAAGCAGCCGACAGCAGCGACGCGAAGAGAUUUGGGCCACCGGCGACUUUCCACUGCAACAAAUUAUUGAUGCGCUAUCUAAUGGAGACGGGCCAGGCUGUAAGGAGAUACUCAACUGUAGUUUCGGGUUACGCUGCGAGCUGACAUAGCUUCGUCUUGGCUCUUUGCACGAGAC